AUGUCGACCGACACGAGUACAGCCUUGACCGACUCGGUCAGCGUGACGACGAUAGGCACGACGGUCACCAGCCUUACCACCUCCUUCUCAACCACGAUCACCGUUACAGGGUCGGACACGAUUUCUACGUCCGAGACAUCUUCUCUCCCUCCUGGUACGAUUACUUCCGUGACUUCCAUUCCUCCCUCAACUACAAUUGUUCCUCCCUCAACCACGCCGACCUCCAGCCCCAGUGUUAUCGAGGUGACAGCCACAAUUACACAAACACCAUCAAUCACGCCCGAAGCCCCCACAACUCCCACUCCCUCGGUCAUCGUCGUCACAUCGACGUUUGCCCAAGACACCACCUCCGAUACGGCAACAGACCAAACCACGUCCACCUCGUCCAGUGCAACUACCACACCAUCAGCUUUAAGUGCCUCCGGGGGUGCGAAUUCUUCAGGUGGCUUGGGUUCGGGAGGAAAGAUCGCAAUAGCCGUCGUCAUCCCUAUCGUGGCUAUUGCCGCGGCCUUUUUGAUCGGAUUCUUCUUGUGGAGAAAGAGGAAAGCCAGGAAGAAUGCAGAAGAGCUGCGCAAGAGCGAGAUGGCGGAAUAUGGUUUCAACCCCAACAGCGACCCGACACUAGCAGCUGUGGCAGGGUACGCGGACAACGGCUCUGAAGGGCCGGAUGACAACAGCGGAUACCGUGGAUGGGGAGCCACUUCAUCGAACCGAAAAGCCUCCACCACUCUCGGUUCCAAUGGCUUCGGCGCCGGUGGUCCGGCGUUGUCAGAGAGCAGCAGCCAGCCAGGCGGUUAUGGUGCGCAAGCCUCGCCCAACACCGCGUCGGACCGUUAUUCCGAGGCUCCUCUGAUGAAUGGCCACCCCGAAAGUGGCGAUGGUGUCGCGGCACUGGGGGCUGGCGUGGGAGGACUGCACAGACACCGAAGCGGAGCAGGAGACAUCCGCCGCGGACCAUCCAAUGCUUCUUCUGCCUACUCCUCGGGACACCAAUCCGACACCUCAUCAGAUGCACCCCAAAUGCCUGGUCCAUAUUUCCAGGAAGAAGUACCUUAUAACAUAUACAAUGACGCGAACGCCAGCCACGGCCCUUAUGGCGACGGUUCAUACGGUGGUGCUGGAGGCCAACCCGUUAUCCGUGACAAUCAAGCAAGGAGAAACACUCGCAUCGAGCGAGCCCCAACAUUCCCACAGGCCCAAGGCGGCAUUGCCCAAAAUUUCUAA